CAGAGAGGCAAUUUGUGUUUGCCUCAGAGGAUGAACUAUAUAGUCUCAGUGAAGACACUAACUGUCCUUAUUGCAGGACUGCAGUCACACUGACACAGGCACAUCUGUUACAGCGGCAUUUUAGAUAUGCAAUAUUUUACAAAGAAGCAAAAACUGGUAAUUUACUCUAUUAAUUUAUCAGUGGAUCUUCUUGUUAGACGUUUCUUACUGUGUGUUUUUAUGUACAUUAUUAUAGUGAAGUUGAUUAUACCCUACUACUGCACUGAUGGGGUGCUAGGUCGGAGUCACUGGCAUUGCCCAAAGUGCAGAAGUACUGUAGCAAGAGCAGGGGAUUUCAAGGCUCAUCUAAAAAAACAUGGUUAUGAAGUGACACAAAAAUCGUCAGUGACCCAACAACCCACCCAUGAGCAAAAAGAUUAUGUUUCCGAGGACAGACUUUCAGAGGAGCAAGCUAAUACACAAAUGCAACAAGAAACCCAUGGAGUUUUGCAGACAGAAUCCCCAAAGAGUCGUUUCAAAUGUCAUAAAUGCGGAGCUGACUUUUCCAACACAUCCAAUCUGAAGAGGCAUGAGAAAAUGCAACAUGGCUUGGAGCAACCUAUGCUUUGCAUAGAUAAAAAAAAUGCACUAUACGUCACACCAAAGGAACUACAUGGGCCAAGAGUGCCAGUCCAUGUCAAGAAAUCUCUACUCCUAGGACAAAUAUACUGUGAGUCAGAUAUUUGCAGAGACAUGGCAAAGAUAGCAGCCCAGAGUGGACACCCUGGAACUGAAUGCCACUACCUUCGAAGAACUAUCUCCGCACAACGCUACAUUCCUCCACAAACACUAAACUCUGCAUCUUUGGAGCAAAUGUUAGACAAAGGACUAAUUUCAAAGUCAAGAGCCCAGGAAUGUAAGGACUUGCAUUUGAAGGCCAGUGAAGAGGAGGUUGAUUGUGUCUUACCUAUUUUUUGGGGGGAAUAUGGCCUGUCACAGACUUACAUUUACUUUUCAGUAUUUACUAUCCUCAAAGACAACUGGUGUCAGCUUGGGCGAACAAUUGUGACAUUUGACACAAUGUCUGGUAGAUGGCACUGUCAAUGUAGGGGCAGUAAACACAGACUGAGUUGUGUCCACAGACACGUAUGCAUGUGGUGGAUAUUCCAGGAGCAUCCAUCAUUACUGAGAGAACAUUCAAAUGCAAGUCCUGAAGAAAUAGAGGACCUUGAGGAGAAAGAUCAAGAGAGGGAUGAUGAAUCAAAACCAUCAAAUGAGACAGCAUCAGCAGUGAUUAAAAUUACAGAGUACUUUUUGAGGUGCAAGAGAAUUCCAGAAAAUCUUCCACAAGACCUCAUAUUAACGGAAAUGACGAUACCUGAAAGCUUUGUGCCUAAAGAGACACAAUGCCCUUACUGCCCUGACCUCAGUGAAGCAAUCCUGAAGACAAAGCAUGCAACCAUUUAUGCUUUGUUUUCUGUGCACAGAGGUGUUGCAGUGUACAUUAAGGAAUGCCCUGUUUGUGGAACCCCAGUCAGAUUCCAAGAAUAUGAUUCUGGAUUUCACAAUUUCAAUAACAAAGUGUUCCUCACAAUCCCUCUGUGCUCACUUUUGACAACAGGUCUUUCAAACCACAUUGCUGUUGGACGUUUUUUGCGUACAUUGGGGGAACACAGCAAAGUGUACAUUCCUCACAACACAAUAAGGAAAGCUUUUUACCACUUCUCUGCUUUGAGGAGCUACACCUACAAUUACUUUUGUUAUCGCUGUGGCCAUCAUCCUCCUAUUUUGAUUGCUGACGUCAACUGGAAAGUGGCCUUUGACUUACCAGUGCAUCUCAUGAGAUGACCAGACCUGACAAACACCACUUCACAGGACACACAGGUGAAUGUUUCAUCUAGAUGGGAAAACCUUGAGAAAGAGAUAAUUGCAACAGGACUUUGUGAUGGGUCAUCUCAAAACCCAUUUUCUAGCUCCCUGACAUACUCUGCCUUUACACCAUGGAUUGGUCAAUACUCAAGAAUAUCUGAUGUCAUACCCAAGACUGAGAUUUUGAAAGGCCUCUCCCAGAAAGACAGAUUGUGGACAAAGAGGACAGAUGAGGAAUUUGAUGAGGACUGAAUUUUGCAAGUAUUAGAGCUCAAAGGGCCUCGAAGAGAAGAUCUUACAAUGGCAUGCAAUGCUCUAGGCAUUUCAGCAAGUGGAUCACAGUCUGACCUCAUUAAUAGGCUUGAGGAACUUCUGUUGUAUAAGGAUAUAUAUCCAAAAAUGUUUGUGAAGCUUCACAAAGCAGGAGGAGGGGUACUGCAUCUUGGGUGCACCCAUGGUGUGGUUUACUAUCAGUCACCCCUGUGGUGGCAGGAAUCUGCCCGAGACCAUGGAGAUGGUCUCCUGAGUUUUAAAUGUCCACCCACGGUCUUCAUCUCAGAUAUAGCUGGAUGUGUUGCCAGACAUGUGAAUAAUAGGACUCAUCAAAAGUUUUUUCAGCCACAUGAUGGCAGGCUAUGUGCUCCAACAUCAGAAAACAUUUCUGCUGCAUUGGAAAAAAAAAACUUACAGUGCAGAAAGAAUGGGUGAAUACCCUUCGAAGCUCCAUGGGGCCAAAUAUACACGAAGACCAAACAAGUGACAGAUUCACCUGCCCUCACCCUCUGACUGGAACUCGUGAACGGUACUCCCUCUAUGACCUUUUUCAUGAGAAAAACCAAAAAAGGCCUGAAGAGAGACUGAGGAGCAUAAAACUUUUUCCAGAUCUUGCCUGUAUUGUUAAUUCGUCUUCAGCAGAGCAAAUCAACAAAGAGCUGUCAACCAGCAGGUAUUUCCUCUGCCAACUGAAGGACAUUCAUUACAUGUUCGCCUUGCGGCUGUGUUUUCAUCUGCACAACCAGAGGAUCAAUAAUAACUUCUUGCAGGACAUUCAAAAAAUUCCCAAAAAGAUGUGCACCUAGGGCUACAUGGACACCUAUUAAUAGGUGUGGAUGAAGAAACAGACAAAGAGAUGUACCAAAGAACAUCUGCAAAGUCAUUAACUGACCCGCGAGCUGAACCAGACAAAGUUGAGGAAGAUAUGGAGAGUUUCACUGUGUCAUUGUUUCCUAUAAGUGAACAAAAUAAGGACAAGCUGAAACAACUUUACAUUUCCUGGAGGAGAGAGAGACAAAUAAUUCACAGAUUUUCAGCAUAUGCAACACUGUAUAUUGCAGACUUAAGAUGUGCUUGCCCCUCUUCUCUUUUAGAGGAAGACCCAAACAAGAACAUGCCUUGGUUAAAUGAUAAUGUUGUUGCCUUAUACACAGAUGUGUACAUUUUGUGGUACAGAGAGUGGACACAAAACAAAGCCAUUUCAAGGUCACAUGUGCAAGAUCUUGAGGUUUUCGAUGUCUCUGGAAAACAAGUGCGUAUUUAUGAUUCAAUGGAGAUCUACAAUUCUAUUGAAAGAAAUGACAUGGAGAUUCUGAGAUCACUUAUCCGAUUCCUGAACCCUUGUCUGAGAUCUGAUCAAACCGGCCCGAUUGCUCCUAGAAAAGAGGAGUUAACGAACUGAUACAGAGUGAAUGUUCUACGAUCCAAGUCAUUUGGAUUUCCAGUUGUUCUCCGUGCAACGAACUAUCUUCACUAAACCAGCACCUGAAAAGUCACCUGAUACUUACCUUUCACCUUCUAUACUUGAAUAAAACUAUAUUUGAAUCACUUACCUCCGAUCUCCUGGUCUCUACCCUGACACAUCUGUAGUGUAGCAUAAAAACGUUAACAUUAUAUUACUAAUAUAUAGAAGAUGUGAAAGAUGCAUGACAUGAGAGCUCUGUUUUAAUCUAAAAUCUGUAAAGAGAGGCUUUCCAAAAACAUGGGUCACUGGAUGGCUGGACUGUUUGCAAUCCAGAACAGUGGAUGCAGCGAGAUGGUGUGAACUGUGGGGUAUUUGUUUGCACUGCAGCUGAAAUGGAAGCCAAAAACCUGAAAAUGUCUUCUGAAGUGCUGCAAACUUGUCAGAUAGUACACCUGCGUGUUUACCAUGCCACAAGCAUGUUGAAAGAUGUGAUGACUGAAGACUUUCCGACUGCAAUUGGAGAAAGAGAGGAAGGUGAAAUAGAGACCAACACCUGCAUGGCCCAGGACAUAAAAGCAUAUGUUUAUCAAAACACAGGAAAUAAAACCCUGCAUCCACACAUCAAACGGAUGAAGUGGGUUCAGUGUGAUCUGUGCAACAAAUGGUUACACACUGAUUGUGCUGGCAUAGACCCUACAACAAUUCACAAAGACACGCCCUUCAGCUGUGGAUGUGAUCAACAACCAUAUUAUUUUCAAAGAUAAGCAACAGAACCAUAAUAUAAAACAAAAGCUCACUGAACUGCUUUUAAUGCGUAUGUCUAUUUUACAGCACCCUCACAGCUUUGAAACAGGGACUUUUGGUUGAUACAGUUGUGGAGGAUGAAGAAAUUGGGAAACUUCAUCAUGACCUCACAUCUGGUGCUGUUAGAUCACACAGAAUGUUUUUACAUAAACAUCCCAGUUAUGCACCCAAACUGAAAAACCAAUUAACCUAUGGAUCUCCGUUUUUGAUCAAGAACAGACUGAGGGAAUCAUUGACAAGGUGUACAGUGUUUUGGCAUUGGAAAAAACAGAUUUAUGUAGCCCUUCGUAUGCUAUGGAAGUCAUGACACCUGAGAUAACCAUUCUGAUUCUAAGAAAGACAGAGGGGUUCCACAGAUUCCAAGCGGAAAUGGCCUUUGCAGCUGCACACUGUGUGUGUGUGGAAUAAUAGUUUUAGUGCGACAAGCAGUGGCCUAUAUUGAUUCUUCUUUUUUAUUUGUAAAUAGAUUUUGUUUCUUUGUUUUUAUUUGUAAAUAGUUUUUGUUUCUUGGGUUUUAUUUGUAAAUAGUCUUUGUAAAUUUGAAAAUAGUGAUACUGUGCUAAGUGAUUUUACCGUUAAA